UGAGUGGAUUUUUUCACGGUGAGAAAGUGCUUUUGGAGUUGGUACAAGGGAGGAAUUUCAGGCCGAGGAGCUUGAUGGGAGUGAGGACAAGACAAUUGCGCUUGGGAUCGACAUAUUACGAGAGCAUUUUUGCUGUACAAGGGAUUUAAGGGCUUUCGACGUAUUCAAGAUACUGAAAAUACUUGGAGAAGGAAAGGAUGGCUGAAACGCAGAAGAUGAGGAUUUAUGGAAGACAUCCUCCUUGUGCCAGCCUCAGCAGGCUCGAGGAGAGGAGGGCCAGAAGAUUGGCUCUGCGUCUAGAAAGAAACAGAAAGCCGGACAAACCCGAGGAUUUUGUCUGCUAUGAGUCAAGUGACGAUGAAGAGGAGACAGUCAUCGAGGCAAGACAGUACCUCCGUACUUCCUUCAAUUUCGUUGACUACGUGCGGGCGAGGGAAACUAAUACAAGAGAAGUUAGGAAAAUAAAUCAGGAGUAUGGGUCUAGACACAUCCUCACUCACGACCUGUUCAAGGAAUACUCAGUCAGCCUGAACAACAUGAAUAAGGUGUUUUGUUCGCAAUGGCUGAGCGAUCGUCAAGUGGUCUUCGGGACCAAGUGUAAUAAACUCAUGGUGUACGAUGUUGCUACUCAGAAAUUGGAUCAGAUACCUUCGUUGCACGGGAGACAGGGUAACUCCAAUGGUGGACCAGUUGCGGAGACGCAAGCUGGCAUUCAUUCAGUUCAAAUAAAUCCUUCGAGGACGUUACUGAGCACUGGUGCGCGUCACAGCAAUGAAAUAGCGAUUUAUCGAUUACCAACAUUGGAUCCUGUAUGUGUUGGAGAGACAGGACACAGGGAUUGGGUCUUUGAUAUGUGUUGGUUGGACGACGAAUUUCUUGUCUCUGGCUCAAGGGAUACAAAAAUGGCACUCUGGCACAUCAAUAGCAAUCUCGCAGAGGCACCUGAUAAGGCGGAUGUGCCUACACAUAGAUUGAUCUCACCAGUGAGUGUGAAAGAAUGCAAAUCAGCUCAGAAAGUCCGGGCCUUGGUCUUCAAUAAGGCUUACAAUGAAAUAGCAGCACUGUCGUUAAACAGUUUUAUCCAUAUUUGGUCUGCAGAGACAUUUAAACAGAAAAUAUCUAGAAAACUGCCCGCUUGCCAGGAGAACGUCUGUCUCGCUGUCCAAGAUGAUGGCGUUUAUGCCGUGGGAUGUCGUUCAUAUACGCUUCUCUUAGAUGCUAGAACACUCCAGCCUGUCAAGAAGAUCCCUUCUAGAUAUAGCGGGUGUGGGAUAAGGUCUGCAAGCUUCCAGGGAUCGGUACUGACAAUAGGUACUGGCUUAGGCAUGCUCAUGUUCUAUGAUAUAAGAGCACAGAAGUAUUUAGAGUCAUCGAUAAAUUCUAAUCGUACUGUAGUUCUGAAGGCAUCAAAAGGAUAUGUGUUUCCUGACGAGGAGUACAUCGAUGGCUUCCAGAACGUCAAAUACACCCCAGCAAUCUACACUCACUGUUACGAUCAAUCAGGGACACGACUCUUCACCGCUGGAGGUCCACUGCCAGCCAAUUUGUAUGGAAAUUACGCUGGCCUUUGGCAGUAGAUACUCUCAAUGGGGUGUUGGAUCACAUCCACAUCCGGCUCGAUUUGUUACUAAGGUAUGAAACCGAUAGGAACUGCAUCACAAAGGUACCACCCUGAGACUUAAGAUGUCUUCUCUUAAUUCAAGAAGAGAAUUAAAUCGAGAGCUUUCAGGAUCAUAAUUAUUGGUUUCCUCUGCAUAAUAGCUAGACGAGUGUGAAAAACAUUAAUGUUUUUUUUUCUCAUGUAAAAAAGCAGGAAUACAAUUUUCAAGCAACCUUUGUUAUUUCGUAAUUAAUUUGAAAUUAGUUUAACGUUGUAAAUACUUUGAACUUCAUUUUUAGAUGCAUGAAAUCAUAAACGAUGAUGAAGCAUCAUUAAAGUGAUCGUUGAUUUAAGAAAACAUAAGACUUAUUUUUAAUGUGAUUUUUUCUGGUUAGAAAAAUCACUUUUGGUGAUAGAAGUAAAACUAAACAUUAGUCGAAUAACGAAAUGUUCGAGUGUCUGUUGGUCUCCAGCGGGGGUAUGCAUUAGCUUAGAUAAUUCAAUUGUAGUUCAAUUAUUCAAUUAUAGAAACAAAAUUAACACUCAACGAUUUUUGUUGGAAAAGGAGAAAGAACGAUUUUUUUAUUGCAAUUGAAAAAAUAGGUUGAGUGAUUGAAUUGAGUUAAUAGCUCGACCUAAAAAUUGGCGCAUGGCUCACAUAUUCAUUAGCCCUUAUCAGUAAUUACUAGGUUAAGAUGUGACAUUAAUGUGUAAUCCAGAAGUGCUCGGAUGGCUUUCGUAUUUAUUGAUAUUAAAUUGUUAUUUUUAAGAGAUAAUAUUGUCAUUUUAUGAAUAAUCGUAUUAAUCUUAAAAGAUGGAAUGAGUUGAGUGGAAUGAAUGAGCCUGUGAUUAUGUUGAUAAAAAGUGGAUUUAGAAGAUCUAUAUUAGUUAUAUUUUACCAAAACUAUCUUGCGAGCCGAACACUUAUGAAAAAAUACAACUAUUUAAUUUUAUUUACUACUUUAAUGCGAAUUGCGUACCUACGAUUUUAAAAAUUAUUCUACAACUAGCGAGUUUAGAGAAAAAUGGGUGGAGAUAAUUUCUGAGACAAUUACUUGUCUAACAUAUCCACACUUGAUUUGUAUCUUGACUCACUGAUAAUUUUCUAUAGAAUUAAUAGUUUGGAAGGUGCCUACAAAUUAAACGUACAUUAUUCCGUGAAUUUCUUUGGGAUGAGUGGAUUUACUAGAGAAUGUCAAGAGAUUUUUUUUCUGCGAAUGAAAUUCCUCCCAAAAGGGUCCUCGAAAAUACUUUGAAUGUAAUUUCUUCUUAUUCUGUUCCACUCAACCGCAGAUGGAAAUAUUCGAUUAAGAAAGCAUGGUGACUGGAUUAAGAAGAUAGUACUGCACCGUAAUUCUGAAGAUAUGGAAAUCACCGUAAUGAAUAUUGUUAACCAAGUGGUUGAUGUAAAAUAUGAAUCAAUGGCGAGAUGAAUUAAGUGCCAAUUAUGAUUUCGCAAACGAAUGAAUGACGAUAAAUUGUCGGAAUAAUUGAUCGAUUCUAUAAAAGGUAGGAGAAUGCUUAACCCAUCCGUCGAGUGAAUCUGGUGGCAGUUUGUGUGUUGGACUUCCGUUUUGUAUACUUGAAUUUGAGUGGGUGGAACGACAACUUCGACUGUGAGUGUUAUUUUGUAUUUAAAUACCGUGCAAUUCAAUUAUCAAAUAAUGGCAGUGACAUUCUUGUAAAUAAACUAUUCCCACCUA